AAGAGCUUUCGAAAACAGCGUAAGUAUGGCACUUCAGAAUCGGACUUCUGUUAUUUUGUGGAAUUGUUUUCGACACAUACUUUGGCUUCUUUGUGGAGUUCUCUCAACUUUUAUCAUUCGACGAUGGAAAUCUAUGGUAGUGCAUCUUCAUGGCUUCGAGCGGCUGCCGGUCAGCGACGCGAUCGGAGGAUCAUAUACCCACAAGCUCCUCAUUCGCGGCAAACCUGAYUUGUGUCGGUUCAUCGUWGCACGAAGGAUCAAGAUGGAGAUGAGACGGCGUGCCUCUUCUCUUGAUGUCGCUAAUACGCUUUUGAGGAGUUUGUCGAUGAGACGUUCCUCGGGUGGUAUGGGCGGGCUGCGAAGAAGCAGAGGCAACAAUUUUGUGCUUCCAGGCAGCCUCAUGACUGGCUUCUCCUUCGAUAGUUUUCGUUUCCCUGGGGACGGAAUCCCAAACUUCAGGUGGGAAACCKAUGAUUUUCAACACAAACCGUCCAUUCCUUUGCUAGGAGCUCCGAGCGGAUUUCAGAACCAAGCUGUUCGAGCCUCGCCGUCGCCUUGUUUGGGCGGGACAGAAACACUGCAUGGUAGAGAGGAAGGCGAUGAAACAGUGAAAACCCUGGCAUCGUUUCCGUUCGCCGAAAGRGAUUUAGAAAUGCCGGGUCGCGAUCGCGCUGGAGAGGAUUCGUCUGCCGUGGAUUCCCACAGCCAUCUUGUUCGAACCCUUGACGCGAGCCUUUCCGUCCUAAGAUUGGCCACGAGACAGCAAUCGUGUAUGUAACGAAACGAACUGAACCGAGCCGAGACGAAAAAAUUGUCGUGCAGGGCAAGCUAUUCAUAUAUGYAAACGCAACAAAAAGAAGAUCUCCCAGCAAACKAAUGGGGAAUCUCGGUGGCAAAAUAAAACAAAAAUGCACAU